GAUCACAACCCAUGACUUCUUUUUUGGUCCACCGCAGAAAUAGGGUUCAUGCAUUCACCAUGUUGUAGACACUUUUUUUUGCUUCAAUCUAAUCAAAGUUUAUUUUGAUUAUAGCUCAAGGAUCUGCAUCUUUUGAGUCAUUUCGCAAAUACAAUCUUUUGUAGUAGAUCACCCACAUUAGACAAAUUUUAACCAUUAGAUUCUUGUUCUUUAUCGCUCAUUUGCAUUUGAAUCAUCUUCAGAGAAUUCUUUUGAUUAUUACCAUGGAAACAACAUUUAUAUCUCCUAAGAUUAGCUCGAAGAGAUUUGCUUAUUAUUCUCGCAGAUAUGAAGGAGUGAUUGUUUCAUCAGAAAGGUCGAGUUUAAUCCGCUGCACUAUGGCUCAUGAACCAUCAAUUGGUAGUGCAAAAUUAGAAAUUGGUACUUGUUCUAAGUUUGAAAAUGGUGCAUCAGUUCCAUCUGUUAAUGGAAAGACUCUGAGAAAAUCGGGUUCUUUUAUAACUACCCAUAAACCAGAUCAGGUGGCUUCAAAGCAAAUCGGAGAAGAUAUAAGGGAGAUCACUUCGCUUGGUCGUUCAAAUUUGAGUGUUCUUGACAGAGAUAUAAUGCCCACUUUGCCCAUGGUUGAGAGCUGUCCUGAUUUGCAGAAUAUCAAUGGUCUUGGUAUUGUAGAAUUUCUCAAGGGCAAGAAUUUUCUUAUUACUGGGGCAACUGGAUUCCUUGCCAAAGUUCUGAUAGAAAAAAUCUUAAGGAUGCAACCUCAUGUUGGAAAGCUUUUUCUUAUUAUCAAGGCCAAAGAUUAUGAGUCGGCACUGGAAAGGAUGAAGAAUGAGGUCAUAUACUCGGAGCUUUUCAGGUGCGUACAAGAAACGCAUGGUAGUAAAUAUGAAGAAUUCAUGAUGAAAAAACUGGUUCCUGUCAUGGGAAACAUUACUGGGCAUAAUCUUGGAAUACAGCCGGACAUAGCUGAAGAGGUCUCAAAGGAAGUUGAUAUUGUAGUGAACUCGGCAGCAAAUACCACAUUUGACGAAAGGUAUGAUGUUGCACUUGAUAUCAACACAAAUGGGACUCGUCAUAUACUGGAUUUUGCAAAGGGCUGCAAAAGACUGCAGUUAUUUCUACAAAUAUCGACUGCGUAUGUUAAUGGGCAAAGACAGGGUCGAGUGUUGGAGAAGCCUUUCCAAAUGGGGGACAACAUUGCCAGCGAGAAAGCCCAUCUAGAACUUGUACAGUCUCCUCCAAUGCUAGACAUUGAAGCUGAAUUUGAGUUAGCAAAACGGACUCUAGAAGAUAAUUCUAUUGAUCUAAGAUCUAAUGGUCACAGUAGCUUAAAUGUGGAAAAGCAGCUGGUUCUAACAAUGAAGAACUUAGGCAUGGAAAGGGCACAGAAAUAUGGAUGGCAAGAUACAUAUGUAUUUACCAAGGCUAUGGGAGAAAUGAUAAUUGACUAUGGUCGGGGAGAUUUGCCUGUGGCUAUUGUUCGUCCAAGUGUUAUUGAGAGCACUUACUCAGAUCCAUUUCCUGGAUGGAUGGAAGGCAAUAGAAUGAUGGAUCCAAUCAUACUUUACUAUGGCAAAGGUCAGCUAUGUGGGUUCUUGGCCGAUCCCAAUGGAGUUCUAGAUGUGGUGCCAGCAGACAUGGUUGUCAAUGCAACAGUAGCAGCCAUGGCAAAGCAUGCGGGGAAGUCAGGCCUAGGAGUUUAUCAUGUGGGUUCUUCUGUUGCAAACCCAUUGAUGUUUGGACAGCUUGCAGGACUUGUAACUCAACAUUUCAAAUCUAAUCCAUAUGUGGAUGGCAAAGGAGAACCAGUUUCUGUCAAGAAACUGCAGUUGUUCAGAGAUGUAGAUGAUUUUUCUACUCACAUGUGGAGUCAUCUAUCAAAUUUGUUACCCGAUAUGAGGAGCAAUGGAUCAUCACAUUCUAAAAUGAUGAUAGAGAGACAUCAAAAAAUAUGUGCCAAAUCCAUAGAGCAAGCUAAGUAUCUGGCCAAUAUCUACAAGCCAUACACAUUUUAUCAAGGAAGAUUCGACAUCUCCAACACUGAAGGCUUAUUCCAAAGACUCUCUGAAGAAGAGAAGCAGAACUUUAAUUUUGAUGUGAGGAGAAUAAACUGGAUGGAUUACAUAUCAAAAACUCACAUUCCAGGCCUUCGACAACAUGUGAUGAAAGGGCGUGGAACAAAAUUGGAGUAACAGACUUGAAGCUAAUUUCUUAUGUUACCCUCCAAAGAAUUAUUCUUUAUCAUAGUUUGUUCAGUCACCUUACUAUAGGGAUAGUUAACUGUACUGUACUACAGUCUCUUUCAUUCAAAUUCUAAUAUAAAUAUAUCCAGAUACAUCAUUAUGUGCUAAUAGCACGAUUCCCAUAUAUAUAUAGUGUACUGCAGUUAUAUUGUUCCAGAUCAAUUCAUGGCUUUUGUAAUUUAUUGCAGCUACAUAAUAAACAGGCUCUUCAUAAUUUAGUUUCA